AUGAGGUUCUUCCAGCCCAUUGCCGUCUUUCUGUCUCUCCUCACCUCUAUUGCCCCGAGCGGGGUGAUGGCUGCCGAAGAAUCGGCAGCGAAUCAACAUCAGAAGGGCGAAACUGUGAAAUACCAAGGAUUGAAUCUCUAUGUAUCUAAGCCCGGAAGGUUUAACCUUGGCCAUAAGAAGCCUGGAAAAAGAACUGGUGUUCUUUUUCUUACCGAUGUCUAUGGCAUCCAGCUGAAGGAGAAUAGAGAGCUGGUCGACAACUUCUCCAAAGAAGGCUUCGUCGUUGCUGCGCCAGAUCUUUUUCAGGGUAACCCAGCAAGGGAAACUCCCGACUUCAACAUCACCGAGUUCCUUGCCAAGCACCCCCCAAGUGUCACUGACCCAAUUGUUGCAAAAGCAAUCAACUACCUACGUAAUGAGCUCAAAGUGAACUCCAUCGCUGCAACAGGCUAUUGCUACGGUGGACGUUACGUCUUUCGCUCACUUGGUCAGAACGGCAAAGUUGAUGUUGGCUUCACUGCUCAUCCCAGUCUCUUAGCUACUGAGGAGAUUGAGGCUGUCAGAAAGCCCGUGUCCAUCGCUGGCGCUGCCGAGGAUCAAAUUUUCCCCCAGCCCAGGCAAGCAGAGACUGAAGCUAUCCUCACCAAGAUAGGCAAGCCUUUCACCUCGGUUCUGUACAGUGGUACUACUCAUGGUUUUGCUGUUCGUGCAAAUGCAUCGAACCCGCAGCAAGUCUUUGCUAAAGACGAAGCGUUCUAUCAAGCUGUUCGUUUCUUUAAUGCAUGGGACUAGUUCACAGUCUACAAGUUGCAGAUCAUGACCUCUUCCAAUCAUCAGCAGAGGCAUUUCCACUUUCCUUCUCUUGCACGGAGUCCUGGCACAUGACAAGGACUAUGCAUCAUAUAGUUACCUAAUAACGAUCUCCAUGUUUGCCAAAGCCACAGCAAAUUCCG